AAUUGAAUGAUAGAUUGAUUGAUAGUAACAAUGAUUGACUAAACAGGUAUUGUGUUUGUGUUGUCACCAGCAAUAGGUCUCACCAUUUGAUUGGUCCGAAUGAAGUGAUAGCGACGUCGAGAGGCGUUUUUCGUUGCCAUUCAGUGAUUGUUUGUUGACUUUUGAAGAUCUGUUAUCUCAUCAAAAACAAUAUCACUCACGAAGAAUGACAUCCUUUUGUGGGUUUAAUUCAUUAUCUAAUGAAAACAGUUUAGACAAUAAUGAUUACAAUAGUAGUGAUAAAUGUCUUAUUUUGGACAAACCAUUAGUCAAUCCUGUGACCAAUUCGUUGAGUCCGUCGGAGUCGACCGUUUCGCUGGAAUCGGGAGAAUCGCGUCUUAACCAGAAUGAGAGGACACCUAUUCUCAGACAUAUCAGGCUAUUCCGUAACCUGAGUGGCCAAUCGAGUCCCGAUCGAAGCACAUCCAGUCCUGUUCGUCAAUUGGAUCAUAAAAAUCUGACCACUUUUUCCGGUGUCUUUACACCCGUAUGUCUGUCAAUGUUUAGUGCAAUUCUUUUUCUGCGAAUUGGCUUUAUUGUCGGCAAUUCCGGUGUUUUGACCACUUUAUUAGAGUUAGUGUUAGCGUAUAGUAUAUUAGUAUUUACAGUGCUAUCGAUUUGUGCCAUUAGUACUAAUGGUGCGAUUGAAGGCGGCGGUGCUUAUUUUAUGAUAAGCCGUGCGUUGGGACCUGAAUUCGGUGGAAGCAUCGGAACCCUAUUUUUUAUCGCAAAUGUAUUUUCCAGUGCCCUAUAUAUUACCGGUUGUGUCGAAGGAAUCAUCAAUAAUUUUGGUCCGUCCGGUGGAAUCGCCGCCAUAUUGCCGGCCAGUCACUGGCAUUCAAUACUUUACGGAUCGGUUUUAAACAUAAUUAAUACAUUGAUUUGUUUGAUCGGCGCCUCAGUGUUUGCUAAGACAACUGUCAUUAUAUUUGUAAUCGUAAUGAUCAGCACAAUGUCCGUAAUUGUUAGUCUAUUGUUUCAAAGUCCGCUAUCACUGGAAGUUCCCGAAGAAAAUCAAUAUUUUAGACAUCAGUACAACUCAAGUGUUGUUAAUUUUACCAGUUUUGAGUGGACUACUUUCAAAGAUAAUUUAAACCCUCAAUUUGGUGUUGACUACACUACAAAUGAUUUUACAACUUUUCCCGUUGUAUUUGGUGUGUUAUUUAGCGGAGUUACCGGUAUUAUGGCCGGUGCUAAUAUGUCAGGAGAGCUUAAAGACGCUGGAAAAUCAAUACCACGAGGAACGUUAGGUGCUGUCGGCUUUACAUUUGUCACUUAUAUUAUUUUGGUGUUUCUAUCGGGAGCUACCUGUCCUCGAGAACUUUUGCAAAACAACUAUUUAUACAUGCAAUAUAUAAACUUUUGGCCGCCAUUUAUAGCAAUCGGUAUAUUUUCGGCUACACUAUCGGCGGCACUCAGCAAUUUGAUUGGCGCUUCGCGAGUGCUCGAAGCUGUGGCCAAAGACCAUCUAUUCGGUAAAAUGCUGAAUCCAAUUGUCCGAUAUUCCCGUUCGGGUAAUCCAAUUGCAGCAGUUAUUGUCACCUGGUUUACAGUGCAAUGUAUUAUAUUGAUAAAUAAGCUCAAUUUGAUCGCUCAAAUCACAUCAGUAUUUUUCUUGUUGUCCUAUUUCGCCAUCAAUUUGGCCUGUCUUUCGUUGACACUAACCUCUGCACCUAAUUUUCGGCCAUCUUUUAAAUAUUUUUCGGGAAAGACUACAUCUAUAGGAAUGUUAGGUUGUGUUACAAUGAUGUUUGUGAUUAAUCCUCUUUACGCCGCAAUAACAAUAAUAAUGUGUUUGCUUUUGGUAAUUGCACUCCACAUACGGUCGCCUCCUGUCCGCUGGGGGUCUAUAAGUCAAGCGUUAAUUUUCCAUCAGGUCCGUAAAUAUCUUCUAUUAUUGGAUAGUCGUAAAGAUCAUGUAAAAUAUUGGAGACCACAGUUUUUGUUGAUGGUAUCUAAUCCCAGAUCGUGUAUACCAUUGAUUAGUUUUGUCAAUGACCUCAAAAAGAGUGGUCUCUAUAUUUUGGGUCACGUAAAAGUUGGCUCAUUUGAUGACUUUGAUUCUGAUCCGGUUCUCGAAGAAUAUCCUCUUUGGCUGAAACUUUUGGACAAACUUAAAGUUAAAGCUUUUGUUGAGGUGACAUUGGCAUCAACUGUUAGGGACGGAUUGCAUCAGUUGUCCAGAAUUGCUGGUUUGGGUGCUAUGAAGCCAAACACCAUAUUAUUUGGUUUCUUUGACGAUGAAAUUCCGUGCGAUUUCUUCGAGAAUAAUGUAAUUUAUCAUAAUUUAAAAGAUAUUCUUUUGCGCGGAAAUGUGUUCUUAUCUUUGCGUGAAGACAAUAAUCAGCGACCGUUUACACCCGAAGAAUACGUUUCAAUGCUUUACGACUCGGUAUUUAGGCUUCAGAAGAAUGUUUGUGUCGCUCGUCAUUUCCAUCUAUUCAAUAAGGAUAUGGUUGUGGCCUCACAAUCAUAUAUCGAUGUCUGGCCAAUCAAUUACUUUAGUCCGCAGACAUCCAUUACAAAUAUUGACAAUUGUUGGCUAUUUCUGAUGCAAUUGGCGUGUGUGUUGCAUAUGGUUCCCGGUUGGAAACAAGCGACUAAAGUGCGAGUAUUCAUGUGUGUCGACUCAAAGAUUAAAGACGUUUCACUCUUAAGGAGACAAUGGGAACAAAUUCUGCAAAUGCUUAGAAUUGAUGCCACCAUUCAUGUUGUUAUUUGGGAUCACGUGACAGCACCUUUGGAUCAGUCAUUAACUUCAUUAACUAAUGUCAGUAAUGGCUCACAGAGUCCAACCGAAACCGAUCUUAUGAAUGAAACAAAUUUAACGCUUAACGAUAGUCCCCAACGAUUUGUGUUAACCAAUCAAUAUCUAGAAAGUGUAAACAAUAUGAUUCAAGAGCACAGUCACAAUACUUCGGUGGUAUUCAUGUAUUUACCGCCGCCGCCGGCCAACAGUGGCGACUAUCUGUUAUAUUUGCAACGUUUGGAUAUUUUGACAACAAGUUUGCCGCCAACUCUAUUGGUUCACGGCAUCAAUCCGGUCACUUCUACGACACUUUAAAACUAAAAACAAUUGUUAAAUUAUAAUUAUAACCACUUUAUUAUUAUUAUAAAUUAUA